AUGGCGGCAGUUGUAAAUGUAUACGCUACGUCGGCGACGACGGAAAAUUUGUCCCGACAUGAAAUGCUAAUGUGGGUGAAUGAUUGUCUGCAAAGUAACUUUACGAAGAUCGAACAAUUGCACACCGGAGCAGGAUAUGCUCAGUUCACAGAUUUUCUUUUCCCCGGUUCAAUUCCACUGAAGAAGGUAAAAUGGAAUUCUAUACUCGAACUGGACUGGCUUGGCAACUGGAAGAUUGUCCAGACAUCGUGGAAAACUCUUGGUGUGGAAAAAGUUGUUCCUGUUGACAAACUCAUAAAAGGGAAAUUCCAGGAUAACUUCGAGUUUCUGCAAUGGUUUAAGAAAUUUUUCGACGCGAAUUAUGACGGUCACGAAUACAAUCCAAUAGAGGCACGUGGAGGAGAGCCUCUUCCUGCAGACCCACCGGCUGGAAAAGCUCCAGCUCAUGGAGCGACACGAAUGCAGAUGCCUACUCGUACAAGCGUUUCAGCAGCAAAAUCGGGCCCUCCGUCGCGAAACUCGUCCUCAUACACCAUAAACUCUGCACCACCAAGGUCUCGUCCAGCAACGGCAACAAAUGCUGCUGCACAUCGACAACCGGCUCCAGCUUCUGCAAAGAUAAACAACAAUGUUGCGCCAAAGCCUGCUCCUGCAGCUGCAGCGAGUCGUCCUGCUACUGCAGCACCUUCACUAGACGCGAUGCAGUUGAAGCAGUUGAAAGAGGAAGUUGAUGAUCUGACUCGUCAGUUGGGCGAAAGCGAUGCGGUGUUGAAUAGUCUGGAGAAGGAACGCGACUUUUAUUUCAAUAAGUUGCGACAGAUUGAGCUGACUCGUCAGUUGGGCGAAAGCGAUGCGGUGUUGAAUAGUCUGGAGAAGGAACGCGACUUUUAUUUCAAUAAGUUGCGACAGAUUGAGGUUGUCUGCCAAGACAACGAAUCGAUUGGUACCGUGGAAGUGUCGCGAAUUCUAGAGAUUCUCUAUGAGACGGAAGAAGGUUUUGCUGCACCCGAUGAGGAUGACGAGCAACAGUGA